AUGACCAUAAACUUCAAUAUUGGCCUGCUCGGACAUGUGGACAGCGGAAAGACUACUUUGGCAAAAGCGCUGAGCUCCAUUUCCAGCACGGCAGCCUUUGACAAGAAUCCCCAGUCGGUGGAACGAGGAAUCACUUUGGAUUUGGGCUUUAGUGGCCUUUUGGUGGGAGAAGAUCUCCAGUUUACCUUUGUGGACUGUCCCGGCCAUGCAAGUCUCAUACGCACUAUCAUAGGAGGUGCCCAGAUCAUAGAUCUUAUGCUCCUUGUUGUGGACGCUCAAAAAGGUAUCCAAACCCAGACGGCGGAGUGCCUAAUUAUCGGGGAGUUGCUGCAGAAAAAGCUGAUUGUCGUAAUCAACAAAAUAGAUGUUUAUUCAGCGGAUCAAAGAGAAUCAAAGCUGGAGAAGCUCCGCUUGCGGCUUUUAAAGACUUUGGAAGCCACCAGCUUUGGUGGUCAUGUGCCCAUAUAUGCUGUGUCUGCCCUCGAUGGAACCCACAUCCCUGAACUGCAAAGCGCUCUGAAGGAAGCCUAUUUCCAGCCACAAAGAAACUUAACCGAUCCCUUGCUCAUGUACGUCGAUCACUGUUUCGGAAUAAAAGGUCAGGGAACCGUUUGCACAGGCACCCUUCACCAGGGAAAGGUUCAGGUGAACGAUGUCAUAGAGCUACCGGCUCUUGGAGAGCUAAGAAAGGUAAAGUCCAUGCAAAUGUUCCGCCAGAACGUGACCAGCGCAUCCAUGGGCGACAGAAUUGGACUUUGUGUGACCCAGUUUAAUGCCAAGCUGCUGGAACGCGGUGUCAUUGCUCAGCCGGGAUACCUGAAACCCAUAUACGCCGUGUGCCUGCAGCUCAAACCAAUUCGCUACUACAAACAGUCGAUAAAAUUGAAGAGCAAGCUGCACAUCUCUGUGGGUCACGACACGGUGAUGGCCAACGUAACUUUGUUUCGGGAUGCGGAAGGUACAUCACCCGAAUUCCAUCUGGACAAAGAGUACGAGUAUGUGGAGGAAGUGCAGCCGGCGGAGCUUCAACCUACAGAUGUCAUAUACGCCCUUUUGCAGUUUGAAUCUCCCGUUUUGACCCCGCCAAAGUCUACGCUGAUUGCCUCCAAACUCGACAUGGAUGUCCACAGUAGCAGCUGUCGAUUGGCCUUUUGGGGACGCAUCGCCUGGCAAAGCCAGAGCUCCAACUACAUCGAGGAAGAGCUGCCAAAACUACGCAUCUUCAAGCGUAAACAGAAAGUGGGAAGCAUUCAGCGAGUGGUCAAUGCUAACGAGGUUAUUGUUCAGAACCUAUUCAAAAAGGAGGCCAAACGUGAUCUGUACGUGGGCAAGCUAGUGGACUUGUCGUCUGGGGAAAAAGGUCGGAUAGACCGUACUUUUGGACAGACCUCCAAAGUGGCAAUAACCUUUCAAGAAGCUCUAACCCCAGAAACUAUAGCCAAUCUCAAAAAUGUCCAGGUUUUACUUAAUUGUAAGAAAUAUGUAUUUAAUAAACAGGCGGGACUUUUUCAAUGA